UUUGGUUAGAUGAUUUUUUUUAGGAAUUAUAAAUAGCAACUUGAAUUCUCAGUCUAUCCGCAUAUACGUUCUGAGUUUUUCUUCUUUGUUUGGUUUUUGCAUUGUCUCUUUCAUAUAUUUCACAAUAAAAACCCCUAAUUGCAUUACUGUUGAAUUCACCUAGCAUUAAUUUCAAUAUCUUUUACAUUUUGAACUGCCAUUUAUUAUCUUUGAUUUUAUGGUUUUCAGAUAUCUCUCAUGUCUAACAGAACUUUGUCGCCUUUUCAUUCAUCAAUAGGUCAGCAAUUCACAAGAGUCCAAUUUUUGAAUCUUGGAGCAAAUUACUAGUGAAUUCUUCACAUACUCAACUGGGGCUUUGUAAUUUUAUUGCACCUAAUCUCUGGUUAAGCUCCCUUGGCCUUUUCUGGGUCUAUUUACUCUCUUCUUGCCUACCUCUUUUGCUUGACAUUUCUGCUUCCCCAUAAUUUAAGUAGUAAAUUAGACUCUUUUUUUAGUGAAACCCAUUAUAGAAUUAAUCCAAGAACUAUUCUUGAAAUCCAUGGUUUUGGAGACGGAUUACUGGCUAUCCUAAUUUGGGAGUUUAGUGAAUUCAGUUCUUUCUUCCCGUGGGUGAUAUUCUAGAUAGUGGAUUCAGACAAAGCCUAGAUGACUGUGGAUGAGGCGGGCAGCUGCUCCGAGUGGAGCAGGGAGCAAGACAAGGCAUUUGAGAAUGCCCUUGCAACUUAUCCUGAGGAUUCUUCAGAUCGGUGGGAGAAAAUUGCGGCUGAAGUACCUGGGAAAACUUUGGAGGAGAUUAAAGAACACUAUGAGCUUCUGGAGGAUGACGUUAACCGGAUUGAAUCUGGUUGUGUGCCUCUCCCGCCAUAUAAUUCUUCUGAGGGUUCAGCGGGCCAUGCUGGUGAUGAAGGAACUGGUAAGAAGGGAAGUGGCCAUUUAGGGCAUUGUAACAGUGAGUCAAACCAUGGGAGUAAGAAUUCAAGGUCAGAUCAGGAACGCCGUAAGGGGAUUGCUUGGACAGAGGAUGAGCACAGGUUAUUUCUUAUUGGUUUGGAUAAAUAUGGGAAAGGUGAUUGGCGAAGUAUAUCACGGAACUUUGUGGUCACAAGAACGCCAACACAGGUGGCAAGCCAUGCGCAAAAAUAUUUCAUUCGAUUGAACUCCAUGAACAAAGAUAGGAGGCGAUCUAGCAUCCAUGAUAUUACCAGUGUUGGCAAUGGAGAUAUUUCAGCACCCCAAGGACCAAUCACUGGUCAAUCAAAUGGUGCUGCAUCCGGAAGUUCCUCUGGAAAAUCGGCCAAACAGCCCCUUCAAAAUCCCGCUGCACCACCUGGUGUUGGCAUGUAUGGUGGUCCAACUAUAGGGCAACCAAUAGGAGGUCCCCUUGUCUCAGCAGUUGGCACACCAGUGAAUCUUCCUGCCCAGGCACCUAUGGCUUAUGGAGUAAGAGCUCCUGUACCAGGACCAGUGGUUCCUGGAGCAUCGAUGAACAUGGGUCCCGUGACAUACCCAAUGCCGCAUACAUCUGCUUCUAGGAUUAUUCAGGUUUGGCUCCAUUGCGUUUUGUCGGGUUCUUCAAAGCUGAUUCAUUAAGAUGGCAUUUGAUAGCUGCUGUGAUCGCAGGAAUGAUAUUUGAAUAUGCUGCUUUGAACAGUUUUGAAUGUUAAAAAUGGCCUAUGCGAUUGUAUGGUCACAAAACUUUACUUGUAGAGGUGCUAGUGUCGCUAUGGUAGUCUGAUUGCUGGUCUGAUGAUUAUGUUCAGCUAAUGUUACUCCAGCAUUCACUUGGGUGAAGAUUUUCAUUCAUUAAUUAAGGAAGGUUUUCGGAGGG